CGAAUUCGAAAAAAGAUGGGUAAACGCAAAAAACAAAAACAAAUUGAAGAUAAUGAAAUUGAUGAUUCAAUUGAACAAUGUGAUAAUGAUGAUAAGAUUGAUGAUGAUAGUGAUGAUGAUCUAUUUUCGAAAUCCGAUGAUCUGCCAUCACUUAAAAAUGAUGUAGCAAUUGAUCCUACAUUGAUUUCGGAUGCAGAAUUACAUCAUUUAAUUCCAAAACUAAGAAGAAUUAAUGAUAAUGAUAAAGAAUUAUUACGACAACAUAAUUUAUCUGUUCAAAAUGGUCGAUUUACUAGUUCGGAAAAUAAAAUUCUUAGCAAAAAUUGGCAACGAUAUUUAGACGAUUAUAAUGUGCCAAAUAAAUCUCUAUUGCUUGGACAUUUUCAAUAUGAACGUUCAAAUAAUGAUUCACAAAAGAUUAAAAAAUUGUAUCGAAAAUUUGCUAAUGAAACACAAUUAUGGUUAAGAUUGGCCAAAAAUCUACCUAAUCGUACAAUAUUUCAAAUAUAUUGUCGUGCACGUUUUCUUUUAUCAAAUUUGAAAAAGGCCAAAGAUUUUACCGAUGAAGAUCGUCAAAUCAUAUUGAAACUAUAUCGAAAAUAUGGUGAUCAUUUUACAACUUUUUGUGAAGAAUAUGGUUAUAAUCCUAAAUGUGCUAGAGAAAUUCUUCGUCAUACAAUCAAAUCGAAUGGUGUGAAACUUAAUCAUGGUGAAUGGAGUGAAAAAGAGGUGAAAAAAUUGAAAAAAAUUGUUAGUCGUUUAAUGAAAAAAUUAGCACUUCAAUCGUAUGAUGGUAUUCCAUGGAGUCAUGUGUCAAAAAAACUUCAUCGUUCCGAUGUUCAAUGUCGACAAAAAUUUUUUAGCAAAUCAACAUUUUGUCAAAUGAUUACACAUCCACCAAUUGAUGAUUGGAAUGAAAAAUUGGAUAUUGCUAAAUUCAUUGCAUUAUUGAAACAUUUAAAUUUUGAUGAUUUUAAUAUGAUCGAUUGGGAUUAUAUAAAGGAAAAAUUUUCCAGUAUUUAUUUCAAUAUUCUUUUACGUAAAUGGCGUGAAAUACGUGUUCGUAUUCCUGAUCAUCAACAUUUAUCUUUAUCCGAAAUAUUAGAUCAUCUAUAUAAAACACGUGUAUUAAAACAUUUUGGUCAUGAUCAAGAAAAAAUGAAAGAAAUUGAAGAUUUCAUCAAUACAACAUGAAUGUAAAAUUUUUGAAAAAAUAAAAAUUCGAAUACACGCUAAACGCUAUUUUCACCUGAAUAGGCUAUCUGGAUAAAUUUUGCUGUGACAUGCUUUGAAUUUU